CGAACCAACCAUAUCACACAUUUCCAUGUUUUGGAGGAAGUAGCACCAGUGUAAGCUAGUUAUUUAGAAAACCUCUUUAAAUAUCCACACUAAAAACGGUAGUUCCAACUUAUUUCAUCUGUAUGGGUGUAUUUUCAAUGCAAGUAUGUAUUGGUGUGGCUAGUUGUGGCUAGUAAACUUAGUUCACUAGCUGGAAAUUCUCUCAAAUUAGCCAAAUGCUAGGCUAGCAAAUGCCAACAUCCCAUGGCAGUUUUGAGCCGCUGAUGAGAGACUGUUCAGGUGCCUGACCAUGAAGACCAAUAAGUCAUAUAAGCUUGUGCUGCACAAAAAAGGUUUUGGCGGAAGUGAUGAUGAGUUGGUUGUCAACUCAAAAGUUUUCCCUCAAGUCAGUCUGGGGCAUAUAAUCGAGAUUGCACACCCCACAGAUGAAUACAGUCCCCUCCUGCUGCAGGUGAAGAGCCUAAAAGAGGACCUACAGAAAGAGACAAUCAGUGUGGACCAAACUGUAGCUCAAGCCUUCAAACUUCGUGCAUACCAGGAUGUCAUUGUUAACAUUGUCGACCCUAAGGAUGUAACAUUGGACUUGGUGGAGCUGACUUUCAAGGACCAGUACAUUGGCAGAGGAGACAUGUGGAGACUAAAGAAAAGUCUGGUGAGCACAUGUGCUUAUGUGACGCAGAAAGUGGAGUUUGCAGGAAUCAGAGCCCAGGCCAGUGAACUCUGGGUGAAGGGAGAGAAAGUGACCUGUGGUUACAUCAGUGAAGACACCAGGGUGGUUUUCAGAUCCACAUCUGCAAUGGUAUACAUCUUUAUUCAGAUGAGCUGUGAGAUGUGGGACUUUGACAUCUAUGGUGAUCUCUAUUUCGAGAAGGCUGUAAAUGGUUUCCUGUCUGACCUUUUUGCAAAGUGGAAGGAGAAAAACUGCAGUCAUGAGGUGACAGUUGUGCUUUUCUCACGUACAUUCUACAAUGCUAAAAAUAUCGAUGAAUUUCCUGAGAUUCUUAGAGGCUCCCUCAGACAGGAUCAUGAGGGACGUUUUUAUGAAGACUUCUACAGGGUUGUGGCUCAGAAUGAGAGACGGGAUGAGUGGACGUCAUUACUUGUCACUAUCAAAAAGCUUUUCAUCCAGUAUCCUGUCCUGGUGCGACUGAAAGAAGCAGAUGGUUUUCCUGUGGGUUAUAACUCAACUGCUGCUCAAGGAAACUACCUGGAGGCAAUUAACCUUUCCUUCAAUGUAUUUGACAAGCACUACAUCAACCGUAACUUUGACCGCACUGGACAGAUGUCAGUGGUCAUUACACCCGGGGUAGGAGUGUUUGAAGUGGACCGUCUGCUUAUGAUUCUCACCAAACAGCGAAUGAUUGACAAUGGUAUUGGGGUAGACUUGGUGUGUAUGGGGGAGCAGCCAUUACAUGCAGUACCAUUGUUCAAGCUGCACAACAGGACAACACCUGGAGACUCUCGUGUGGGAGACGACUAUAACCUGCCUCACUGGAUAAACCACAGCUUCUACACGUCCAAAAAUCUGAACUCUUGUAGCUCCUUCACCCCUCGAAUCAAACUGGCCGGUCGCAAGAUGCAUGCUGAAAAAUUCAAGAGCAGCAAAGACCACACUCUCUGUGCUCCAAAGGACUCUGACAACAGCCUGCCUAUACAGGUGGACUAUGAUGCCUAUGACGCUCAGGUGUUCAGACUUCCUUGUCCUUCGCGAAUUCAGAGGAGCACCAACUUCAGGCUUGGUCGAGACAAAGAGAUGAUUGGGAGGAAGAGCUGGGGCUCAGUGGAUGUCACUGCAGGUAUAGGGGUGUCCCCUCCCGUACGGUCUGGGGGUCCUGAGGAACAGCGUAGCCUGGCCUCUGAUGAUAGUCUGGGUCCAGUGUCCAACAUGCUGCUGAUACCCCGCAUGCCUCCUCCCCAAUAUGAAGUCAGCAGUUCUCUGGGAUACACAAGCACCAGAGAGUUGUUGGAGAAGAUGAUGGGCUCUCAGCGGGACUCCAGUGCCCCAGGCAGGUUCACAGUGGGAAGUGCUGAGUCGACACUUCACAUCCGUCCAGGAGGUUACACCCCACAGAGAGCGCUGAUCAACCCCUUCACACCAUCCAGGAUGCCCAUGAAGCUCACCUCCAACCGCCGGCGCUGGAUGCAUACUUUCCCUGUUGGUCCUUCUGGAGAGGCAAUCCAGAUCCAUCACCAGACCAGACAGAACAUGGCUGAACUGCAGGGCAGCCAGCAGAGAGAUCCUGCCCAUACCUCCGCUGAGCUGCUGGAGCUGGCCUAUCACGAGGCCACUGGAAGGCGAACAACCUCAAGGCAAGCAGGGGAGAAUGGCCUUUACAUUGGUGGAGUGAUGGAAGAGUUCACUGGAAGCCCAGGGAGCAAUAACAGUGGAACUCUGACUAACCAUGGCUCCUCAUUUGAAGACUUUUCGCUCAUCAAUGCUGAUCCAACCCUGCUGCUGUCUGCACCCCCGACAGUGCCCAGCUUCUGCUGCACGGUGGGGGUGGACUGGAAGUCUCUGACCACACCAGCCUGCCUGCCACUCACCACCGACUACUUCCCCGACCGCCAGACACUGCAGAACGACUACACUGAAGGCUGCUACGACCUGCUGCCGCAUAGUGACCUGGAGAGGCGUGAAGAUGAAGCUCCAGUUAUGAGUGCGUCUCAAGUAUUUGAGGAGUUUAUCUGUCAGAGGUUAAUGCAGGGCUAUCAGAUCAUCGUCCAGCCAAAUAACAGGAAACCACAGCCCAUUGUAGCCACACCACUUGGCAGCAGCCCUCUUUACUCCAGAGGUCUGGUGUCUCUGCGUCGGGCAGAGGAGGAGGAGACAGUUUACUGGCUCAGUAUGGGCCGGACCUUCCAUAAAGUUUGUCUCAAAGACAAAAUAAUCACUGUCACUCGCUACCUGCCAAAGUACCUGUACGAAUCAGCUCAGAUCCAGUACAGCUACAGCCUGUGUCCUCCACACUCUGAUGCUCAGUUUGUAUCCUGCUGGGUUGAGUUUGGCCAUGAGAGACUGGAGGAAUACAAGUGGAACUACCUGGACCAGUACAUCUGCUCUGCUGGCUCCGAGGACUUCAGUUUGAUUGACUCUUUGAAGUUCUGGAGGACUCGCUUCCUCUUGCUGCCAGCUGGAGGGGCGCGGCGGGUGGCAGAUGGGGAGGGCCACUGGGAUGUUUAUGGGGAGGGAGCAGGUGCUGGGGUAGGUGGCAGCGGGGACUGGAUACUGCUGGAUGGCUUCAUCCGCUUCCUGGAGGGUCUCAACCGCAUUCGGCGACGCCAUCGCUCCGACAGGAUUAUCAGACAGAAGGGCACACCAAUGAAAGGACUGCAGGUUACGAGUCCUCUCCCUCUGUAUUCUUCCGAGCCUGUGCCGCCCCCACAAGGCAAGAAAGGCACAUCAGCUUUAUCAGCCCUGCUGGAGAUGGAGCAGAAUCAGAAGACGCUGGAGGAGCAGCAGCAGCAGACAAAGCCAUCAGCAGCCGUCAGUGACCCCUUAAGUGUUGCCACAGCUCCCACAUAUGUAGACAGUCCCCGCAAGGACGCUGCCUUUAUUUUGGAUUUUAUACGUAGCCCACGCUCCUCCUUCGUCUAUCACUCUCAGUUGCCUGCUGAAGCCACUGAAGCUGCAGAUAAGGGAGUCCAGCCUGGAAUGACAGGUGGAGCAGCAGUGCAGCCUGCAGGAGACACUGCAGCCAGCAGCAGCACAGACACCAGUGGCCAGUCUUCAGCGGGAGCCCCCUUUCUGUCCUCUUCCUCAACACUCUUGGAGAUCCUGGAAGCCAUCAGACAUCCCAUGACAGGUGUUCAGCUGCUCCCAGAGCAGAAGGGUCUGCCACUCAACUGCUUUAUCAGUGCUGAGGUUGUUCAUUGGCUAGUCAACAAUGUGGAGGGCGUGGCUACACAGGGCAUGGCUGUGGAUAUUAUGCAGAAAAUGCUGGAUGAAGGUUUGGUGGCCCAUGCUUCUGGCGACGCAAUGCGCACCUUUGUCUACGGUUUCUACUUCUACAGAAUAGUAGGAGAGAAGGAUGGCCCAAUCUCCCAGCUCCCUCCCCAAGCACCUGGAGGUUGGUCCACUGCAGCCCUGGAGGACUUCACCCUGUUCCAGAGGAAGUGGUUCGAGGUGGCUUUUGUAUUAGAGGAGCGGCGACCCUGCGACCUCCCAGCCUUCCUCCUUCCCUGGUUGCCCAGUCGGCCGGCCUCCUACGCAAGUAGGCACAGCUCCUUCAGCCGCAGCUUUGGAGGACGCAGCCAGGCCGCCGCACUGCUAGCUGCUACAGUCCCUGAGCAGAAGACAGUCACUCUGGAUGUGGACAUUAACAACCGCAGUGACCGAACUGAAUGGUGCAGUUGUUAUUACCAUGGAAACUUCUCCCUUAACGCUGCCUUUGAAAUCAAGCUGCACUGGAUGGCUGUCACUGCUGCAGUCCUCUUUGAGAUGGUUCAAGGGUGGCACAGAAAAGCAGCCUCCUGUGGCUUCCUGUUGGUUCCUGUCCUGGAGGUUCCUUUCGCUCUGACGUCAUACUUGUAUGGAGACCCACUGAGAGCCCAGCUCUUCAUCCCUCUGAACAUCCAGUGUCUGCUGAAGAACAGCAGCGACAACCUGUUUGAAGGUUUUGAGCCAGAGACAUACUGGGACAGAAUGCAGCUCUUUCAGGAGGCCAUACUGUACAGAUUCGGCUUUGUGCAUGACAAGUUUUCUGCUUCUGCUUUUAAUUUCCCCUCUGAGAACAAGCCCCAGUACAUUCAUGUAACAGGCACUGUGUUCCUGCAGCUGCCAUACUCCAAGAGGAAAUACUCAAGUGGGCAGCAGCGCCGGCGCAGAAACUCCACCACGUCCAACAGCCACGGGCCAUUCAGCGGUGAGGAUCGGGUCGGUUACUACUGGGCCUACAACACUAUGCUGACCAAAGCCUGGAGGACGGGCGUGCUGGGUGAUGAGAGGCUGGCAGACCGCCUGCUCAGAGAUUUCACUGACUUCUGCGCCAACAAGGACAACAGGCUCCUCAACUUUUGGGACACCUGCCAGGAGAAAAUGAACGCCAGUGCCCCCUGACAGAAGGAGAGACGACUGGAGGAAAAGAUAAACGAGGACUGUAAAUAGAUUAUAGAACUAUUUUUCAAACUUUCAUUUAACAAAAUUUUGACCAGAAUUCACGUGCUUCUUGAAUUUCUCACACUGGACAUAGCAAAAAGGAAAAAUCAUACACUGUUAGUAAUUGUUGAGAUAGAGGAGAACAUUGUUCAGAUUAAUUGUUGUUGUGCUGUACAGUAUGGAGCAAAGGACAAAAGGCAGUAAAUCAGAUGAGUUAGAAAUAGAUCACAUCAGCAAAUAAUAUUGUUACUCAAAUGUGUACAAUGGAGUGCAAAAGGAAAGCUUUAUAUAAAGCUUUUUACUUUUUUUUAACAUCCAAUCAGUUAAUAAAAUAAAUUAAAGCUUAAUUUACUUUAUCGCCUGUUUAUCUUUCACUAGUUCAUUUGAUUUUUAAACUCCUUAGUGUUCCUAACUAUCUGGUCUUCCGCAUUUUAUCACUUACCUAUUCCCCACUUAACAUUUCCUCUUUAUGACCACAUUUCCCAUGUGGCUAGCUACCCUAACUGAAAACAUUGGUAGCUUAACACACUAAGCACCCCCUUUUAUUCACAAAACAACACAAGAGCAGGUUAAUUAUCAGUAUACUCUUUACUGCUGAAGCAACACUGCAUAAACCCUUUUUACAGAAGCUGUAGCAUUUUAGCCAACAAGCUAACACUAAGUUAUCAAACUAAUGCUGCUUAGAAGUUUUAGUUUUGUUAAUUUGAAAUUAUGAAAAAAGAAACGAUAAAUUACACACAUCUACAAAAUGUGAAGGAUGACACAAUAAAGUCUAAGACUUGUUUCCAUUAAGGUUUUUGAUGAGGAGAAGAGACAUCCACUUGAAGAUGAAGAUAAUUUUAGAAAGAUAGGAGCAUGGUCUGUGUCUGAAAUGACUCCUUUUUUCACUCACUCACUGUUCUCUAUAUAACGGACGCUCGAUAGUUUACACUAUAGUGAGCAGUAAAUUUAGAUUUUCAACACUUACUAAUUGUCAUUAUUUGGUGUCAUCAAAGACAGCUGCUUAUGUGUGCAACAGUAAUUUUUGAAUGUAUAAAAUACUGCAACACAUUGUAUUGUGGGAUUGUUAGCAGCAGUUAGUGUACAUGAGCAGUACUUUUUUCUUUCGACUGGGGGAAUUUUUGAGGGUAAUAUAUAAUGGAUAAAUUUACACACUCAGAAUUCUGACACUCAAAUAAAAUGGCGAACAGCAAAUAUAGUGCAAAUAGGGAGUGAUUUCGAGAGACAGCCAGGAUGAUGUGUGUGAACUUUUAGCUAGCUAACUUUGUUAGUGUUAGCUUGCCAACUAAAAUGUUUCAGCUGCUGUUACAAGAGUUUAUACACUGAUGCUACGGCAGUGUGCAGUACCGUAUAUACAUGAUACAUGACUGGCUUUUGUAGUUUUAUAAUGAAAGUCAGCUUCAGCUAGGCAGCCAGCUGAGAAAAGGCUGGUGUUGCUCAAUGUGUUUAGCCACCCCCCAUUUUAUUGCCACUGGAAAAAUACGAAAUGUCAUGAGGAAAAUGGGAAAUGUUUCUUUGGGAUAGAUAAAUGAUUAACUAAAGAGAUGAAAAAUAAAAAGAUCUUCGGUUAAAUAGAAGAGUAGAUUUGUCUUAAGAAAUCAUUAGUGGGAAAGGAAAAGAGAGGUCAAAGGAUAACUACGAAGCUUUACCUUUUCUUUUUAGGGUACAUUUAUUUCCUAGACUAACAAUAUUAUUCAGCUAUUUUUUUGGCUUGCCUGAUAACCUUUUACUAAAUUUUGUCAGUUCCGGGGCGUAGUAGGCACACACGUGACACUGAACAGACUUGCUUGGUCUAACUGACCACUCUAAGAAUGACCCACUGAUCUUUGCAGAUGUUUAGAGUAUUAAAGCUUUAUUCUCUGGUUAGGAUGAUAGAACAUAAAAAAUUUUAAAUACCAAAAUUCAUGCCUUAAGAGCAGAGAUUCUUCUCCAGUGUUCAGUGUUCUGUUAAUUGUUUAUCCACACAAUAUAAAUAAUAAGACACCUACAGUAUUCAUUUGAAUUUUUUUUAUACAGGGCAAACCACUAUGCCUGCCUGUGAAGCACCAGACAGUUUUAGACUUCCUCUUGUUUUCAUAUCACAUCCACUUGACACUCUCCAAGUGUAAAAGUGUUGUGUUGCAUCCAAUAAACAGCUACUUCCUAUCAUUUUUAGCAAGUAGAGUCAAAGGCAGUGUCAUAAUGUGACAUGACAGAUCUGUGGCUGAAUCAUAUGACUGGACCAGACAGAUGGGUGAUGCCAGGUGAUAAUCUCGAGUUUGUUUUCCACAUGUCACUGAUAAUUUAUACAAUUAUUGCCAAUCCAGACAAAAUGAGAAACAAGCUGUUACAGCUGGUAACCUAGGCAGGGAGUGUAAAUUCAUAUGUGACAUUUUGUGACCAUAAGGAGAAUAACACUACAGGAUAUCAUGGUGUCAAAACUGAAUCAAUACCAUUCACAAACAAAUAUCAAGUUAUGUAACUCAUAAAACACAUUGCACAAAUAAAUGCAGAAUGAUUUGUAUCUAAACUGUAUCUGUGUGUCUAAUUUACAACUCGUACAUCAUCAUUUG